AUGUUGUUCUAUAUCACUCCCUUUCCUCAUAGUGAAGUAAUGAGAGUAGAGGAGCAACAUCAGUUGUUUCUAGCAGCGAAGGAGGCGCAGUUGGUGCGCAAUGAGGCAACACAAAUAAUUCUGUCAGAUGCCUCCCACCACAGUGCUCUGCACGGUGCCUUCGUACGUGUGCUAGUGGAACUGCCAGAUCAAUCAGAUAGCUACAUCAUAGCGCGUGUCGGAGCGGUUACGACGGGCGAACCAUAUGAUGGAUUUUCCCACAAUACAAGCACUAGAACGGACAAGUAUCUAGUUCUGGUGCUUCCACACAGUUUGGCGAGCAUCAAUGGGACGCAAUACCAACUGAAUAGUAUCAGUAACUCACCAAUGACGGAAGAUGAGUUCAAUCUCUGGCUCAGCACGAUGCAAGAACCCGGAAGUGUGCCAGCUUGUGCGUACAGGGGCGUUGUUGAAGAUACCGAUGCCCAUCUGUACCUUGAAAGCAGCAAAAUCCCCUCGAGGCAAGAGCUGCUUGCAAUUGGGGGGCGCAUUCACGCCCUGGGCUCAGCAGCCAGUCAAAACAGCAGGAACCCUAACAGUCGUCGACGACGCUCUAACAAUGGGUCCUCGGAGCAAUCGCUUCAGCAACCGGAGUGGAUGCCAAAGGAACAACAGAUGGCGAUACCCAGGAUCUCGAGUGGAAAUGGCGCUACUUUGGGCUCUAUCGCGGGGAUGCAGGACUACAGCGCUUUUAUGGCAAAUCCUACUGGAGGUGCAGGACCUCAAAACGGUGCUAACUUCAAUCAUACUAACAGCGAUCCCUUGCCAUCGACGGCGGGAGUUACAGAAGGGACCAACGAGCCCUCAUUAUUCGUUGAGCCGACAACGCCGCGGCCCGCGUCGGCGACAGAGCAGGAGCUAGAUCUCCCGUCAAGACAUCAAAUCCGGCAAGACAUUCUCAACAAACUGAAUCACCGUAGUGUUGUCUUCCCGCAAAACAUCGACGAAUUAAAACUUUCACAGCUACGACUAGUGGAGCGGGAUAUGAUUGAGUACCUUGAGCACGUACGCGAUGUUCUCUCAAGCAAACAGGAAAACUGUGUCGUUUGUUUGGACCAUGUGCCCACCGUCAUAUCGCUACCGUGUCGCCACAAGGUACUAUGCCGUCUCUGUGCGUCGGCGGUUAGCACCUGCCCUGUGUGUCGCAGUCACUUGUUUGAACUGUUUGAGCCCAAAGAAAUUUGA